UGUGAUCCUUUACAUUUCAAACUCAAAUCCUGUUUUCUGUGGCAUUUCAAAUUAAAAUCUUGGUGCCACUAAUCUACUUCCAGACAAACACCAGAGGUCUAAAUUAUGACUGUGAUAAAAACACCACACCGCUUGUCUGGGCUCCAAUCAUCUCCAUUCCACCUGUUCUCCAACCUGAUAAUUCUAUUUAUCGACAAUGAUGUCUGAAUUUUACUUAGAAAAAGAGACGCUACGCAAAUGCUCUUUGGUGAAUGUACUUCAACAAAUCGACCGUCUUUUUUUUUCCUGAUCCUGUGUGAUAAGCAAGCUGUCAUUAUUUGUCUUUAUGACGUAAACUAUGACGUACACUCUCUAUGACGUACGCUCUGGAUGCAUCACCUGCCGCGGAAACUUUGUUGAACGUUCUGAAAGAGUGGACUUUAUUACGUUGCCGGAAGCGGAUCUUUGUGGAAUGUUCAAGAAGUAUAUAAAAACGGGAUGUUUUUUUUUCCACGAGGCUAACAACCAGUCGAUGCUACGGACAAGAAAAGAGUCGCCCUCGCCCUCCACCACCCUACUUACUGCAUCACGUCCUUUGGACUUUUUCCGGAUUCAUUACUCCAUCGCAAGAAGCCGCCUGCGCCAGCUGGAACGAGUAACAUUCGCCUACAAGGACAUUCGUUUGGACUGUGGUGAUUGACUUGUCAAUGCUGAUCCGAGGAGAAGUAUGGAUGUUGAAGUGGAAUUUGAGAUUCCUCUGAGCCAGCGAACAGGUUUGGGGAUGACUUGUGUGCUGGGUCAGAAGUUUCAGCACAGCGGUCCGGGCCUUGCCAGUCCUGAGGAGUACAACCAGUGGUUGCCGUGCCGCCAUGACACCAGCCUGAUGCCUAUGAAAGAAGACCUGGCUCUUUGGCUCAACACCAUCAUGGGUGUGGACAUCACCGCUGACAGUCUGAUGGACAGACUGGACAAUGGCGUUGUUCUUUGUCAGCUGGCCCAAUUUCUUCAGGAUAAGAUGAGCCACAAUAGUCUUGGCAAGCCCUUUACCAGGAGAGUGAUCCACUGGCGAGCUGAUGCAACUUCCGGAUCAUUUUUUGCCAGAGACAACACUGCUAACUUCCUCUACUGGUGCCACAAGAUUGGCAUUGACCGGGCCCACCUCUUUGAAUCUGAGGAUUUGGUUCUUCAUAAACAACCACGGGAGGUGUGCUUGUGCCUGUUGGAGCUGGGUCGCAUGGCUGCCAGGUAUGGUGUUGAGCCUCCAGGCCUGGUGAAGUUGGAGAGAGACAUUGAGAGGGAGGAAGCAGGGAGCACCUCUCCAUUGUCCUCGCUACCUUUCCCCUUUUUUCCCUCCCCCGAGAUUUUGCCUCCAAGCCCUCCUCCUCCAUCGCCCUGCACUCCAAGCACAACCUGCCUCUCUGGACCCCACGUCACACCCCUUAUGUCUGAUUAUCCUUCAGCCGCAGGGGACGCAAUGACCACAUGUUUAUUGCAGUCCUUCCUCUCAGCUCCAAAACUGUACACUAGCACAGCUUCAACACAAACCCCUUUGUGCCGUUGUAUCCCGUCUCCAGCCUCAAAAGGCCAAAAGCAGGUGCCCAUUGGAGGAAGCAAACCCUCGCCACCACUAAACCAGAUCCAUUGCUGCAGUAAAGCUGCUAGCCGAGAGAACUCUGGUAUCAGCAUCAAUUUGGAUGACACUGUGAGAAGCAUCAUUAAGAAUCCGCCAUGCAGUUGUCCAAACAAAUUCCACGUUGAAAAGCAGCCGAAAAGCUGUUAUCGUAUGGGGGAUAAAGUUCUAUACAUACGGAUGCUGAAUGAGCGUCACGUGAUGGUACGUGUUGGUGGAGGCUGGGAGACUUUUUCAAGCUACCUCCAGAAACACGACCCCUGCAGAGCGAGACCAGGGGGAAGAUCUAAAGUCCGGGGCAGUCAAGACAAAGCAAAGCCACUGACUUUGAGCACGUCGCCUGAGAACUACAUGGUAGUCAGCGCCCAUUACCGUGCAAAGAAAUAGACUCUUCUACAGCUGAAUUUUUUUUUUUUUUUUUUUGCUCUGCCCUAUAUCCCAAGCAAAUUGUACAAAAUGUAUAGUUCAAUAUUACAUAUUCCAAACAGGAAAUACUGUAUAUCACUUUUUGUGCUAUUUCCGUACCUAUUAUAGAAAUAUUUUGCAUAGAUCAUCAAAUGAUUAUCGUUAAUAUGUAUUUGUUCACAGACUUAGACUAGUCGGAUGGGUUUAGUAGGGUUUCAUUUACAUGUUGUACAUACAAACUUAUUUUUGUGUUAACUGGAAUAUUUCACACUUUUCUUCACAAGUUCUGUUUUCCUUCUAACUCAAAAGUGUCCAAAUAAAGUAAUGUGCAUUUCUUAGUUGA